AUGCGAUUCCUCUUUCAUUGUUGUUCAGUUAACUACAGUAACUUCUUGUACUGAAGUAAUAGUGUAGUUGUUGUUGGAAAUUGAAAUCCAACUAUUGCAAAUUGGCUCAUUGGUGCGGUUGCUCUGGAUUCCGCGUUGAAGUCUGUCUGUCUGUCUUCCACGUGCCAGAAGGUGAGAAUCGCACGGGACUUUCUCAUCCCGUACGGAAUCCUUGUCGUUUUCAUGUCGUUGCUUUGGUUGCUUCUUUCUCUCCGGCGUCUCUUUUUUAUGUUUUCGUUCUGUUUCCUAGUGUUAAACGCGCGAAAGUGAAACCUACCUGCCUCCAUUGAAAAGGAGGCAUGUUAUCUCGGCCAAGCCCGAUUUUACUUCGUUGCAUUAUUUCGGGUUCUGCUGCCAUAGCCGCGGAUCUUAACAGGAGGAGCCAUUCGCCGGAGGCGCACGCUUUUUCGGACGCACGCUAACUACCUCGAGGGCCUUCUUCCCCGCCGCGUUCUCCUGAAGGCGCCGAUUGCACAGGUCUUCCGUCUGCGGAAUGGAGAGCAUGGCUGGUGCUGAUGGAAGUUGCCCUGCUCAGGUGGAAGCUAAUGAGAAUACUAUCGGGGCAAUCCCGGUGGUUCGGGAAGAGGCACAUGCAGUAGCUUUGUCCAUUGUAGGCUGUAAUAAGGUAGAAGUGGCGACUGCUAAUAGUAAGGAAGAGAGAGAGGCAGAAGAAGAGGUUAUGCGGUUUUACAGAGGUGAAGCUGCAAGUCCGAGCGAGGAGACUCCUUCCCCUGAUCAGUCUUCCUCACCACCAAAGCUGGACCUAGGACCACCUGCACUGACGGGAGAAGUAGUGGCAUUUGGAAUCGAGGAAGAAGAGCAUCAUGAUGGUGAUGUAGAGGACGUGAAGGCUUUGGCGGCAGUGGAAGAGGAGGAAGAUGAGGAAGAUGAAGACAUGAAGGCUUUGGCAGUGGAGGAGGAAGAAGAUGAAGAGGAUGAAGAGGAUGAGUUGGAGGAAGAACCAAAGAAGCAGGAGGAACACUGUCAGGAGGGUGGCGAUCAUGCUGCUGAGACACAAGGCGGAUUGACAUCAACGAGUGUACCAGCCAAUGGGCCUGAGCCACCUAUCCCAUCGUUAUCAGCAACAGCAGCAGCUGAAGCAGAGGUGGAGCAUGCUAUUGACGAGUCUGACACGGCGGUCGUGGGAGAGAGCGACUUGCAAACAACGGACGAAGGACCUGGUAAGGCUUGUGAAGUUGGAGAGGCAGAGCCUCCUGGGAUACAGGAAUGGUCAUUCAUCGAGCAAACUGGUCUAACUGCGUCAAUGAUGGAAUCGGAAGAAAGGGUUGCCAUUGGGUCAAAUCAGAUACUGGUUGACUACGACAGCCAAGCUAUCCUGUUAGAUAGGGAGUCAAAAAUAGAUGGACAUGAUGUAAGGGAGGAGGGAGAACAUGUUUGGGCUGAAGAACGGGAAAGACCAGCUGAUGUGAUGAUGGUUGACGAGGACCAAUCGCAGGUAUAUGAGCAGCAGGCGGAGAAGGAUAGAUCCGCAAUUGCUGUGGGAGAAGAUGCACUUCCUUCAGCAGGAGAGAGCAGAACCAUUGUAGAGGGAAUAGGAGCCACAGGGAAGGCAACAUGCGACACACAGGCUGCUGGAGACGAAGAAGAGAUGGAAAUUGCUGCCACUGGGGAGGAAACAUGUACAGCAAAGGUGGAGGAAGAGGAGGAGGAGGAAGAGGAGGAAGAGGAAGAGGAGGAAGAGGAGGAGGAGGAGGAGGAUGAUGAUGUUGAGGUGGCAAUAGAGGGGGAGGGGGAGGAGGAUGUGGAAGAGGUAGAUUGGGAGAUGGUGUCGGUGGAAGACACAAUUGCCAGUAGAAGCCCGGAAAUUGCACGUAAGGAUCAGGUGGGGAAUCAAACGGGAGUAGAGGAGAUGGCUAGGGAGGAAAGCUCUUUUGUUACGAUAGGUUUGGUGUUGAGUAGCGUUGGAGAUAGAGAAGAGUCAAGGAUGGUAGAAGAAGAAAGAGAGAUUACUAACAUCAGCGAGCAGGUUAAGUGGACGGAUCUGGAGGAAGCCAUAGAAUGUAGGCAGGAGGAUGGAGAGAGGGGUGCAGAAGACAUGGAGUGUGAAGUCGGCCAUGCACAAACAGAGCACGCAGAAAGUGUAGGUACACAAGUGACCACUGGAAGUCAUUUAGAUAAUGCUAGUGCAGCUAUUGGAGCGAGUAUAGAGGUGGGGAACCAUGUGCGAGAGGGUUGGGGAAUGGAGGAACAAAACGAUGAGGCGCGGGAGGACGAGCAGGAUGAGGAAGAUGAGGAGGAAGAGGAUGACAUUGACGAAGCUGUACAUAUGUUGCCUCCUGAAGAACCGGAUGCAGAUAGGUUUGAUCAGGAUGGUGUUGAAUCUGUUGAUGCUGACAUUGGUGAGAUUGGCGUGGGGAAUGAAAGCGAGCUGGAUCAGUCGUAUCAGGCAUUGUCGACUAGAGAUGUGGCAGUACAGGCAGAUGAAACGGAGGGUGCCGGCUUUGUUUCUGAAGGACCAUCAGCAGGAGGUUGGAGCAAUGGAAUCCUUUCUGAGGGGGCUCCUGUUGGAAGCCCAUCAGAUUCUCUGUCUGAAAGAACUGUGAGUUCAAGCGAAGACUUUGAUCUCGGCAGCAUUGUUGCUUCGUCUCCCGUCUUGGAGGCAGUGGCACAAUCGACUCAGACAUAUGACCAUCUUGGAGAUGGUGCAGGGACGACACUCUCCUGUAUGACCGCUGCCCGGAUUCUUUAUCAUAUGGCAGAGCAGAAGGGACAGGUACAACCGGAGGACAAUGUUUCUUCCAAUAUCCCAGCUUGCACGGAUGCUGAGUCGAAUACCUCUCUGCCUUUGCGGCCUGACACUUUGGCAUCCUCGUCUCAAGUGGGUGAACUACUUGCUGGAGACUUGAAGAUAACACCACCCUCUGUCAUUGCGGCUGUGGAGAAUGUGGGCAGUGUGGGUUUGGAGAGUACUGUGAGAGACACAGAUGAUGUUUUGGUAGAUAACAGUGUGCCGAUGGACUUCUCUCAGGUGGAUGGACUGCAUGCGGCAGUCUCUGUUGGAGUUGUGGCGGGUGUGCUAGCAGAGAGAGGGGUGGGAGACCAAGGUGUGUUGGCAAGCACUAAUGAAGCAGAUGCAGAUGAUAAGAAGUCGUUUGAACGCCGAGAUGAUGACGGUGAUGCUUCAAGGAAGAGUGGGAUUGGCCAACCCGAGAUGGGUCAAUCCCCUUCAUCUGACCUGAAGGGUGCAGAGGAUUUUCUGUGCAUGUCAGAGCAGGCAUCAGCGGCACUGAGCUUGGAGGCAGCAGAGGAUGGGGAGGAAGUUGGGCCACAACCUCAUGACCAAGAGGAGGAGGAUCAGCAGGAGGAGGAAGACGAUGAUGAUGACUCAGACGUAGUAGAUGACGAUGAGGAAGAGGAAGAAGUGGCAUUCCCACCUGCUUAUGUCCAUGUAGUGGGAGCAGAACGUGAGGAAUUAGCCAUGGAGACACAGUCUUCUUCACCAAGGGUGGCUUAUCGGAUGGAUCGGAGCCUGGUUAGAAUGUAUGGUGAAGGGAGAAGACAGCGCGGGAGGGGUUUCAUACGAGAGGAAGAUGAUGAUGCAGAAUCGGAGGAGGUGGUUUUUGAGCUCAGAGAUGAUGAGAUUGAAGAUAUUAUCUACGAGGAUGCGGAUUUUAAACACGACAGCGAGGAGGGGACCUCAGGAGGCGAGACGGAAGCGGAAGGUGAAAUGGAUGACGAAGAAGACGAAGAUGGCGAUGAGGAGGUUGUCCUUCCACCUGUCUUUAGACAACCUGAUAUGGUCGAGAUAGAAGAAGAGCUGGAGGCAUCAUCGUCAUUCGAGGAACUUCAGAAGCUAUUGCUCAAGGCAGCUCGAGAGCGGAUACAAUAUCAAUAUCACAAUGGCAGGCAGGCUGUGAGGCGUGUCGAUGAUGAGAAGGUGGUCAUCCGAAGUGGCAAUCGCUCUGGUGAGCGUGGUUCAAUGUCAGAGCCAGAAAUACAAGUGGCCAGCGUGUCGUCAUGGGGCAAACAGCUACAUGACGAGGACAAUGCUGUAGCGUCCACAUCAAACCUGGUCCAAGGGCGUGGAGAAUACGAUGCCGAUUCCCAUGCACACAGGGGCUCAGCUCCCUCACCUGUUGACAUCAAUCCUAGAAUACCAGCAGACAGAUACCUGGAGCCUAUCCCGAUCUGCUUUGAUUCGCCCAGUACGAACGUGCCUGAUGACCUGACACUGCCAAGUGCUGCAAAAGCAGGCAGGGAGCGGCAUCGGGACAGCAUAGGAGACGGCAGUUUUAUCAAGUCCACGAUUGUUCAAGAGGAGCUAUGGUCUCCUUCCAGAUGGAGGGAGAGGGGUGGACAGGGCUUGCUCUACGCUUACGAAGGGUUGCUGGAGGCGAAAUCCUCUGGACAACAGAGGUUCCAACAAGCACUGGACGGCCUUCGGGCGAGACGAAGAAAGUCAGGUGAAGGACUAUCUGGGGAGAGAGAAGGAAGCGUGGGAGAGGAUGGGAACGAGGUCAGGUCUACUGUUCCUGAGCAAUGGAAGGCGGUUUCUCCCGCGGCGUGGAAGGACAAGGCCACCCAGGGUGUGCAGUACGCAUAUGUAGGCUUGACAGAGGCCAGGGCUAGAGGGGGGCAAAAACUUUCUGAGGCAUUGGAAGCGCUUCGAGCGAGGGCCUCAGCAGCAGUGAGUCCAGCUGUAUCGAAAGGAACUGGAACGAAGGGGGCGGCAGGGGAUGCCUCUGUUCCUGCCGAUGACAUCUUGGAUAGCGAUAAGAGUGGAGCAACGUUCAAAGUGAAGUCCGCAUGCCCCUAUUCGGGAUUCAAAGUGGAAAGGGUCCUAGAUGUUGGUGGUGCUAGAUCGAAGGGGGCAGGAGCAGGAGCGUCGGAAAAACCCGGCAGAAAUAGAGAGGGGGAACAAACUGUGUUCCACACCCUUUCUAAGGACUGCAAGACGGUGUGCUCAAGGAGUUGGCAAAGAGUGUCGACAUGGACGGACACAAUUCUCAAGAGAAAGGCCACGACAAACCGCAGUGAAAGAGAAUUGUCAGCUCCAACCUCUUCUUCAUCGUCAGCCCCCUCAGACUCAGCAGAAGCACGGGAAGGAUCUGGAAUGGCCGCUGCAAUGUUCGCUUUGUUUGUGUUCAUUGUCGGUAUGCUGUUUGCAGUUAUCAUGCCUGUAUUGUACCGGUUGCCGGUAGGGAGAGCAACGGCUAUGCCUGCCUCUAAGAUACAGGAUUCCAACCUCUUCAUGCCUAUCAAGCAACCAGCUGGGUCGGGAGACUUUCACAAUGAAGCCUGGUGAAGCAAGACCAGGGAUUGGUCGCCAGGCUUAUUUACAUCGUCGUUGUCAUCAUCAUUUUUAAAAAUUUGGAAGCAUCUUUCACCUGAGACGAGGGGAAGCUCACGGACAGAGACAUGCAGGUGAUGCACGUUGUCCACCAGUGUGUGCGUGUGUGUGGAUUCUUUAAGUCAUUGCCGCCAUGGUAGUUUUUUCAGUCCUUCAAAUCUUUUACUAUUUCCGUCCUUUUUUAAUUCUUUGAGUUGUUGUCGUUAGAUUUUUCAGAGUCGAAGACGGGAAGAUGUUCCAUAUCUUCUCCAAGGUCUUUACGGUUCUUUGCUGCCCGUGCCAUGCCCAUGCUGGGCAGCUUAGCCUACCUGCCCAAGGAUUCUGUUGGUUGUAGAGGGAGGGGCUUUGUAUACAGGAUUAUACCUUUAGAAACUCUAAAUGAGAGCUCGUAAACUCUUCUCAGUGAGUUAGGAGUAAGUAGGAUUUGCAGCCAUUUUGUCUUUUCGAGAGAUGUUUAAUGUCCGUUUUCUAUUUGUCAGGAAAGACCAGAUGGAGGAGUAGCGCAGACGGCAAGAAUAGCCGUGGUAGCUGCAAUGAGGAUUAACUUUCUCGUUUGUUUGUUUGUUUUUCCUUGUUUCUGUCUCCCGUGUAUGAAGCAAGUAGUGGUAGGGGAGGAAAUGUAGAGCGCACGGUUUAUGAUAAGCAUUUCUGCAGACGAUUCAUUCCCUCUUCCCUCAUGCCUGAAGGCGGUAAGCAUAGAGGAAGGGUGGAGAGAGGGAGAUGGAGGUACUAGUCAUUGUUUCCUUGUCCGCUGCAAAAUGGAGCGAACUGCCGAUUUGUCGCAACAAUCGGCACGAUGGCGAGUGUUUGUAGCAACAAUCGCCACGAUCUAUCACCUUGACUAACCUUUCUUCAUUUAAGUCUGGUGAUUUGAUGUUGAUCUUCUUCAUCGGAACUCAGGUGUGCUAGAGGGGUGGUCAAUGGGGGGGGGUGCACAUCAGUGAUCGGUGAAUUGUUUCUUUGUCAGAAUUGGAUGAUUAGAUAUCAUUCUCCAUUAAUAGGGUCGUCACCGGGUUCUAUUCGGAGACAUGGAGGAUUCACACCGCGUUGAUAGAAUCAUGCCAAGUCUGAUAGUAAAAACGCGGUGGCGAACAUGAGGAGGUGCAGAAUUGGCUUUGAAUUCGAGAGGUUCUUGGGCCUUGGCGUUCGAGAUAUAGUAAUGCUUCUGAAGGAUAAGACUUUUUUUUUUUUUUUUUUUUUUUUUCCCCCCCCCCCUACGUCGCUGGUGGAAUCGUUAAUCAGCCGGAAGGGGUAUUGCUGUUGAUUCAGUGAGAUAUUGUGUUGGGCCUGUUGGCGUUAGCUGUGAGCGGCGUGAAUUCGCAGCAGCCAAGUCUCAAGAAGAUAUGGUGUACUGAACUUUCAGCUCUUCUUACUAGCCUACGGGAUGGGAGCAGAAUCAGCGGUAUCGCUGUUGACGUAAUGAAAUUAUCUUGUUGUGUUGGCUGUUGCUGCGAGUGGCUUGAACUUGCAGCUGCAGCUCUCACGGCUCGCACUUUAUGCAGAAUCUGAUAUGCUGUUUCAGACUUUGUACUCUUUUUAGCCUAAUACUAUGGGAUGGGAGAAGUAAUCCGCAAAUGGUUUGCAUCUGAGGCCAAUGCGUAUGCUCUUCUUGCUGGACAGGGGGGUGGCGAACAUUGCCCGCUCAUUCCUAUAUGGAACCGUGGCAGUGAUCUUGCACUCGAGACUCUGGGGCGACAUCAAUUACCGUAUGACAUUGUCUCAGCUCUGUCUGUAAGCGCGACAGUCUGGGGAAAAAAUUGAGGGAUGUUGAUAUGUCUUGGGUUCUGCAAGCUUAGGCGAAAAAAAGAGUACUGUGCCGAACAGAUGAUGGAAGCGACUUGUUAUUUUCCGUUGCGCAGUUGCAGAUAAUGUAUACUAUCUUCCGUCAUGUGAAAAGUCGCGAUGUGAGGAUGUCUCCUGACUGUGCGUCUUCUGCCAUCAAUUGAACAUCAGCAAAUUAAAUAUCUUCUGUGAAUGAGGUAUACUGAUCUUCCAUCGUCUUUUUAAAAUCGGCCCCACAAGGUCAGCAAUAUUGUUGUCUAACAAUUAUUCCAAGCUUUUUUUUUGCCGCUUGUUCGAGGACCAUUUAACUUUCACGUCUUUAGCCACCAGCAAG